AUGUGGUAUCAAAUAAUUUUAUUCACAACAGUAUGUGUGUUUACUUAUGUUUUAAAGAAACUACACGAUACUGGACCAAAUAAGUUUAAGUUUUAUUUUAAUUUCUUUAUAUUUUACUUUUUAACGUCCGUGCUAUCCGCCGUGAUUUGGCCCUACUUUCUAUUAAGUCCUAAAAACGUGAGAAAUUCCAAAAUAGCAGUGCGUCUGCUCAAGCAUAUAACUAAGUUAUAUGACUUAGAAUGGCAUCUCCGAGACGGGAAGAUCUUGGCCGAAGAUCGAGGAGCUGUCAUCAUCUCAAAUCAUCAAAGCUCUCUCGAUAUAUUAGGAAUGUUCAAUAUAUGGGACGUCGUCGAUAAGUUAGCGGCGAUUGCCAAGAAAGAAUUGUUCUACAUUUGGCCGUUUGGCCUGUCAGCCUACCUCGCUGGAGUCGUGUUCAUUGACCGGAGUAAUGCGAAAGGAGCUUACAGACAACUCAAAGUGACCUCCGAAGUCAUGGUAAAAAAUAAGACGAAGAUUUGGUUGUUCCCUGAAGGAACACGGAAUAAAGAUUACACGAAACUACAGCCUUUCAAAAAGGGUGCGUUCAACAUCGCAGUGGCAGCACAAGUCCCCAUCAUCCCCGUUGUGUUCUCACCCUAUUACUUCAUUAAUAAGGAGAAAUACAUUUUCAAUAAAGGUCAUGUGAUAAUCCAAUGCCUAGAACCAGUGCCGACAACUGGUCUAACAAUGGAUGAUGUUCCAGACCUCAUCAACAGAGUCCACGAGAAAAUGACGAUAGCAUAUAAAGAACUAUCUAAGGAGGUCGUCAGUGCAUUACCAGCUGACUACCCCUUCACUCUACUAGGAUAG